AUGGCAGUGGGCGAUCAGAUCAGAGAUCCGAGGCUACAACCGCUGCUAGAAACGUCGCGCGCCACGCUAACAAAGACACUUUCCGUCCUCUCAUGGCUUGAAGAAAAUGCGACAGUCGCGACUCCCUCACCCGAGCAGAAGCUAGAACUUGCACAACAGCAGAAGAUACUGAAUGCAUACUUGGCAAAGUUACGCGGUCAACAACGGCAAGCGGCCUUUGGCGCGAGAGCAACCAAACAAGAGACAGCAGAAGCGAGGCAAGAGGUUGACCGGUUACUCCUACAACUCCAGAAUUUGUAUUAUGAGCAGAGACAUCUGAUGGGUGAAAUCGGCGCUUGUGAAGGUUAUGAUCAUGCCUACACACAUCUACCCCUACGGCCGCUGGAUGAGUAUCUGGCUAUGUUUCCUGACCAGGCUGAAUCAUCGGAGCAGGAGUUGAUGCCGCUGAGGAUCGAGCACGAGAAGCAAGAACGAGAGAAGAUGGAGCAGGAGAGGUUGGAGUUGGUCAAAACCAAAGAGGCCUUGGUCAAGGAGAAUACGAGGAAGAAGGAUGAACUCAAGAAGAUGGAUGAAAAGCUUGAGGGUAUGAUUGAUGGGCUGAAGCCCUUGGAGGAGGCUCUGCAGAAGGAUCUAUGA